AUGGCCCAGUCCAGUCGACCUCCGCGGAACCGCUUCGUCGCCGCCAUGCGUAAGGUCUACCACCCCGUCGGCUUCACCAAGGGCUACAACUUCUCCAUGUGGGUCAUCUUUUCCGGCACCAUGCUGGGCUUCUGCCUCGCGCGCUUCAUGUACCUCAACUACGACGGCAUCUACUGCCCGCGCCGCGCCGACGUGCAGGAUGCCGCGGUGGCCGGGGAGUGCUGGACGUACGACAGCAAGACGUACCUGCUCGUGGGCAUCAAGAUGCACCUCUACUGCAUCCUCCCCGCGUCGUUCCUGGCUUGCUUCCAGUUCGUGCCGGCGAUCCGACACCGCUUCAUCCUGGCGCACCGCCUCAACGGGUAUCUGGUUCUCCUACUGAGCGUCCCCGGGGCUGUGGGCUGCGUCAUGGUAUCGCGGCAUGCCUUUGGCGGCGGCGUUGAGAUUCAGGUCAUCACGGGGCUCAUGUCCAUCAUGUUCGUCGGCGCGUUGGGCCUUGCGCUGUACAAUGUCAAGAUGCUGCAGCUGGAGCAACAUCGCGCGUGGAUGCUACGUGCGUGGUUUUACGCUGCGGCCAUCAUCACAUGUCGUUUCAUCAUGGGAAUGUCCGCCGUCAUUACGUCCAUGUCCCAUUCGGAUCCGUACUACUAUGCCAAGCCGUGCGACGUGCUCGCGACCUUGUUCAACAGCACAGAUGCCUUGGAGGCAAAAUACCCGGCGUGCAAGUCGCUAGAGGCGUGGACGGCCGUCAAGGCAGAUGUCCAUGGCGGCAAGGACAACAGCGCCGCUGCGCUCAACAUGACGUUUGGAAUGGCGCUGUGGCUGGCGCUUGCUCUGCACGCCAUUGGCAUUGAGUUCUAUCUGCAGCUUACGCCCGCCGAGUCGGAGCGUCUUCGCAAUGUGUCGUACCAGCGGCAACUGGAAGCCGGGCACAAACACCCGGGACGAUCUGGCUUGACAGCCGAUCGGAUAGGCGAUGCUGCGAUAUGGACGCCCAGCCGCGACAGCAAGAAUGACAUGGACAGGGAUGCCGCGGCGGCAGACCCAAAGAGCAACAACGGCAGUCACAGCACAGUCAAGCAGUGUAGUAAGUAG